ACAACACAUAUUCCGCAAAAUCGAUGUUCAGUCUAGUCUAAUCACGUGAUACCGCGAUGGCGGCUGGUGUCAAAUCAUGGAAAAAGAUUUUGUAUGAAGAUCAAGGGUUUCCCGACCAUUAUGUCGAUGCCAGCUUUCUUGAUGAAUUGAGAAAAAAUCUCUACACUCGAACAUAUGACUAUUGGACAGUUGUGAUUGAAUCAGGAGUUAUUGUUCAGCAGCUAUGCAGCGUGUGUAUAUUUGUGGUGGUCUUCCUGUUUAUGGACAUGCAACUCCUGCAAGCCGAGACGCUGGUGUCAGUCUCUGGGGGCCUUUGUCUACUGGGAUACCUUGUCCAUUGUUUGCUGACAUCAGUUGGAAGGAUCCAGUCUGACAGAUCUUUCGCUGAUGACCUGAAAACAUUCCUGAUAUUUGCUGGCUUCAGUUACUGCCUAUCCCCAAUUCUUGUAUCUCUGACGGAAACCAUAGCAACAGACACCAUUUACGCAAUGACGACUGUAAUGCUAAUUGCCAACCUUCUUUUCCAUGACUACGGGACUAGUGCCCCAAUGGUUUCUGGUGUUUUGUCGUUGAAUGCUGGACUGUUUGCAUCAGUGUGUCUUGCGUCAAGGUUACAAACCACUUUGCACUCGUUUGCGACUGUUACGUUUGCAGUGGAACUUUUUGCUUUAUGGCCUGCACUAAGAAGAAACUUACGGCAAGCGGUGUCCUGUUGUCAUGUUUUGAUGACCACAUUGGUUGCCAUGGUGACCCUGCUACUGGUCAGCUGUAUCUCCCUUACCGCUACAGUGCUCCUAGCGCUGGCCAUCGUAUUCAUCACUCUAUUGUGUCCAGCCUGGCUAAUUUGGCUGCAAACGUACAAGAACAACAUUCAUGGACCCUGGGAUGAGGCUGCCAUUCAACAGUGAAAGUAAAAUAAGAAAAUCCCUGUUAAUGUAAUUGAACAAAUCACAAUGAGAGUGAUUGACAGUGGCUAUGAUUGAAUACCAACUAACAGUAAAUAUGAUUUCAGUGUUUGUGGACUGAAAAUCUGUUAAAUAUGAAAAUAGCGUCAGCUGAAGAAAAUGAUAUAUGCAAGACUGUUGAAUGCUAUGGCUGUGUGUGCAAAUUUUGGAGUUGAGACUGUCUUUUAAUUUAAACAUAUGGUUUAAAUGCAGACAUGCAUUUUUCAUUGAACUGUGAAACAUAGUUAAUAAUAAUUUUCUGUAUUGUUUACCUGAUAACACAGUGGCAGCUUUUUAAUACUAUGGUGUGUUGGUAUGUUGAGAUUGCAGAUCAACUGACAGCAUUAUGAUAAUGUCUGAUAAUAAUGGGAUAGUUUAAGUACCUCUUAUAAUAGCAGGAAAACUGAAAAAUCUCUGGCACAAGUGGGCAAGUUGAAGAAUCUCUGAGAAAAGUUGGAUAAUUAAAGAACAUCUGACAAUAGUGGGAUAGAUGAAGAAUCUCUGACAAUACUGGGAUAGUCAUAGAACCUCUGACAAUAGUGGGAUAGGUGGAGAUUCGCUGACAAUAGUGGGAUAGUGUUGAAGAUUCUCUGACAAUAGUGGGAUAGAUUAAGAGCCUCUGACAAUAGUAUGAUAAUUGAAGAACCUCUGACAAUAGUGGGAUAGAUGAAGAACCUCUGACAAUAGUGGGAUAGUUGAAGAACCUCUGACACUAGUGGAAAAGUUGUAGGACCUCUGACACUAGUGGGAAAGUUGUAGGACCUCUGACACUAGUUGAAUAUUUGAAGAACCUCUAACAGUGGUGGGAUAGUAAUAGAACCUUUGACAAUGGUGGGAUAGUUGAAGGACCUCUGACAACAGUGGGAUAGUUGAAGGACCUCUGGCAAUAGUGGGAUAGUUGAAGGACCUCUGACAAUAGUGGUAUAGUUGAAGGACCUCUGAAAACAGUUGGGUAGGUGAAGGACCUCUGGUAAUAGUGGGAUAGAUGUAGGACCUCUGGCAACAGUGUGAUAGUUCAAGGACCUCUGACAACAAUGGGAUAGUUGAAGGACCUCUGAAAACAGUGGGGUAGUUUAAGGACCUCUGACAACAGUGGGAUAGUUGAAGAACCUCUGCCAAUAGUGGGAUAGCUGAAGAACCCCUGAUACUAGUGGGAUAGUUGAAGGACCUCUGCCAAUAGUGGGAUAGUUGAAGGACCUCUGCCAAUAGUAAGAUAGUCAUAAAACUUCUGACAAAAGUGGGAUAGUUGAAGAACCUGUGACAAAAGUGGGAUAGUUGAAGGACCUUUGACAAUGGUGGGAUAGUUGAAGAACCUCUGAUAAUAGUGGGAUAGUUGAAGAAUCUCUGACAAUAGUAAGAUAGUCAUAAAACUUCUGACAAAAGUGGGAUAGAUGAAGGACCUUUGACAAUAGUGGGAAAGUUAUUAAACUUCUGACAAAGUGGAAUAGUUGUCGAACCCUCCAACAAUAAUAAGAGAAAACACAGACCUCUAAAACAAUUGCAUAGUUGAAAAAAAUAACAAUGAAUUGAAGAACCUGACGAGGAACAUGGGUUUGUUUAAGAACCACUUAAAACAAUAUAUAUAUUUUAAUUGUUAAUAUAAAUUAGUAAAAAGCUUUUUUUUCAAGUGUUGCUAUGUUAAGUCAAGUUUUGGAAACGUUGUUUCAAAUUUUUGAUGUCAUUUGAAAUUUUAAGACAUAAUGUUAAGCAGCUUAGUGAGGAUGUUAAAGGGGCCUUUUCACAGAUUUUGGCAUUUUUUUAACUUAUUCAUUAAAUGCUUUAUAUUGAUAAAUGUAAACAUUGGAUCAUAAAAGCUCCAGUAAAAAAUCAAGAAAAAAUUUAAAAAAGGAAAAGAACAUUGCCCGGAGCAGGUUUCGAACCAGUGACCCCUGGAGUCCUGCCAGAGUCCUGAAGUAAAAACGCUUUAGCCUACUGAGCUAUUCCGCCGAGUACACAUUCUUGACGUAUUUUAUACGCUAUAUAAGCAAUCUUCGUAGUUUCACAAAAUUUAACGACAAAAACAGAACUCUCCAAAUUAUUCAAUCGUUUCGCGUUGCAACGCUUUAUAAUUUUUAGGUUUUAAAAUCGUCAAAAGAUGCAUAUAAUGGCUAUAUUAGAGCAUGGUUAAUGUUCAGUAUUACUGUUUCCUCACAAAUAUCAUAACUAAAACGAAAACUUACGAAUCUGAAACAACUUUUUUCAAUUUUGUCAAUUUACCAAAGCGUGAAAAGAUCCCUUUAAGUACAUGUAUUGAUAUGGGUCCUAAGAUUUUGUUCUCAGAUAAGAUGCCAAUAAAGUGUGAUGAUGUCCAGUUUUGAGAUUUGAUGUCAAAUAUGACAUACAACGGUAAAUAUGUCAAGUCAAGAUAUGUAUUUGUAGGUAUAAAAAGCCUUCCAUUAUAUUACACAUUUCGAUCUGUUUCAUCUGCUCAAUAAGGUAUAAUAAACCAGCAUUGUUACUUUGCAAUAAACAGUAUAACAAAG